AAGGCUGAAGACAGCAGUGUGAAAACCUCUGACUUGCGGUGGAGCAAUAAAACCUCUGACAGUAGUUCAUUCAAUACUUUAAAGUAUGUAUUUAAUCACAAACUACCUAACAUACAACAUGAAAUGUGAAAAGAACAUACCGCUAUAAAUACAUAUUCCAAAUAAACCGACGCUCAACGAAGCGACUGAAAAAAACGUCAUGAUUUUUGCACAUGCGCGUUAAAGGGGAAACAGGGGGCACUGAAUUCUCCGUAACACCUGUAAGGGGACACUUAAGGGAUCAAAGGUGUGAUCAUCACCCUCGAUGUCUAUUAGAUCAAAAAGACACAAUGAACUGGACACACAGCAGACAGAUGGGCAACACCUCACCGGAUGAGUUGGGAUAAGAUGGGGUAGGGGAGGGGUAACAGGUGAAGGUAUAAUAAUGGAAAAUGCAUUUCGGAUGGAUUAGUAGUUGGAGAGGACCCAGGUCCCUGUACUGAAUAAAUGCGAGUUAUGUCGUUGUUUAUGGAACAGACCUAUGAUUACAUUCAUAACAUUAACGAGGAAGGAGAAAUGGACUUAAUCUUCAACAAAAACUUCACAGAUGGGAUGAAUGAGAACGCCCUGUCCUCACCUGAAGCAGAACUCACUGUACAACCGGAAGCUCAGAGGAAACGGAAGAGAACCAUCUUCAGUCGCGCGCAGUUAUCAGAGCUCGAGCGUGUUUUCGUCAUGACUCCGUACCCGGAUAUUACACUGAGAGAGAGACUCGCUGCUCUCACCCUGCUACCUGAGAGCAAGAUACAGGUGUGGUUUCAAAACAGACGUGCCCGAAGCAUCAAAAGUGGCAGACUGACCAGACCAGUAAAGAAAACCCCAUCCACAUCCAAUUACAACCCAGCAAUCACUUUCCCUCUCCCCAAUCUCACUCUUCCAUCUUCUGCUGCAGCAGGCCAGAGGAACAUACCUGAAAGUUAUCAACCAUCCAACAGAAACAACCAGCAGCAGCUGGAUUGGGCGAGACAAGCGCUAGGCCCCUGGCCUCAAAAUCUGCCCCACUCUACCCCUCCUGUCCCAUCCAUAUCUCCUGACAUUCCUGAAGCACUCGCCGGGGGAAACAGACAUGAAAGUACCUCAAUUUUUACAGCUCAGACAGCAAUGCCAAUCCAUUCCUUAUCCCAGCACCAGUGGAGAGGGAUUGGAGAGACGGGUACAAACACAGCCUCGUCUGGAGGGGUUUCAGGGUACCUAGGCAAAGCGCAAUGUAAUAUUAAUAUGAACAGACAUCAAAAUCUAUCUGUGGACCAGGUUGUUUCUUCACAAUCUGCUCAAGGUUGUUGGGAGGGAAGAAUGCAUAGACAAGGACAUGGACAUGUGCACUACCCUCAGACCUCCUUAGGAGAAAGCUCUGACCUUAUCUACAGUGCUGCUGUGGUCACCAAUCUGGAAAAUUUCUGAUUACAUCCUAAUGGACUAAAACAGGCAUUUAUUUAUCUGUUUUCUUCCUCAAUAAUUUAAUGUAUUUAUCUAAAUUUUUCAAGUGAUGUAAAAUGAAUGGUACUGUAUAAAUGUCCUACAAUAAUUUCAGCAGUUUUAAAUUUAUCCAAAAUGUAAUGUCCAUUUAUGAACUGUUAAUUUGUACAUGAUGUAAAAUACCUUUGUUAAAAUGUGGUGUAUUCCUGUGUAAAGAUCC